CCUGACUGAAAAUACGAUAGAAUAUAACCGCAGUUAGAAAUACUUUCUUUCAUACUAUCCGUGCCUUAGUCUCAGGGCUUAAAAUGUAAAAUCAGUAGCUCUUUGUGAGUUGGAGGCUCCUAUUGCCACGAACAACAGGAACAUAUUUUCAGGCACUGCCUUAGACGACACAACUUUGGAGGCCCCCAGAUUGUUGAGGGAGACGUGGACCUGAGCGGGGCGGGACGUUCCCGGGCAGAGCAGAGGAAGUGGGAGUGCACGCGGAAUUGGCUGGGGUCUUCACUCGGAGUUCCCACCAUGUCGAAGGUUUCUUUUAAGAUCACGCUGACGUCGGACCCGCGGCUCCCUUACAAAGUACUUAGUGUUCCUGAAAGUACACCUUUCACAGCAGUCUUAAAGUUUGCAGCAGAAGAAUUUAAAGUUCCUGCAGCAACAAGUGCAAUUAUUACCAAUGAUGGAAUAGGAAUAAAUCCUGCCCAGACUGCUGGAAAUGUUUUCCUAAAGCAUGGGUCAGAACUGCGGAUUAUUCCUAGAGAUCGUGUUGGAAGUUGUUAAUAUCUGCUACUUGGAACAUAGGAUGACCUUUCCAAAUAAAUAUUGAUAUUGUUGUAAAACUGAAGUCAGGCAUUUAAAACAUGAUGAAAACACCAGUAGUUGAUGAAAUAAUGAAGGGUGACUCUGUCCCUUCUUGUGAUUCACACGCUUCCUGUGAAGAGGGACUGCUAUGUAUAGAGGGUACCAUCUCCACAGAAGACCAUAGUCUGUCAUCGCUACCUCACAACACAUACAGAUAGUUCAUUCAGGCUAAGUGGAUUAUCCAGCUGUGUUUUGUAAGUGGUGGAUGCUUCUGAUAACUCUUCCUGAGAACAUUUGGAAAAUUAAAGUUUACUGAAUCUUCCUAUUUGCGUUAAAAAUUUAAAAGGACUGCGGGUCAUACAUGGCAGUUUGCUUGAUGGCAUCUGACCUAUGCACUUAAAAAUAGUUGAUUCUUAAUUGUAUGUUCAUGAUAAAGGAUAUAGACAUAACAAUGAAUACGUAACUAUCUUUUUGUCAUUUAGGUUUUUUUAAGUUUCAAACUAUAUCAGAGACCCCAAAAUUGAAUUUUUUGAUCUAGCCCUUAUGUGUAAAAUUGAUGUCCCACACCAAAGAGUUUUAACUAUGUUCUUGCAGAAUCCAGUACUUGGUAAGAAUUGAGAAUAAAGUAGAACCGUUCUUUGCUGAGUUAUGUAUCCUUUAUCAGUCUCUGAAUACAACCUUUAAAACAACCUCAAGAAACCCUUGUCUUAUUGAGGCUAGUAUUUCUAAAUAACAUUCAGGAAAAGGGUAUUGCAAAGAUCUGGAAUUCACAACAGAGCUCUAGGAAAUGCUAAUUGAAAAUGCUGAUUAUUAUACUGAUUAAAGACCCAGCAUUUAAGGAGGUGUUAAGUUUAGCCACUGAAGUGAAUAAGAAGUGAGGAAGUGGGGAAACCCCAAUGACCAGUUUUCUGGUAAGGAGGAAAGGAAAUAGAAGACACAAUGAAGGGGAACAGAAAGCUGUAGGAGAGCAUCACAGAACAAGCCAACUGGAUCGGCAGAAGUGCAGUGUGUGUUGUGGAGAACUGAAGAGGAAAAGAAAAUAUAUGACAUUUCAGAAGGAGCAGAAGGCAAUUAGAGAAAGCAAAGUGUAGGCUUUGUCAACACACAGACUUCAGAAUUCCCCUUAUGAUAAUCUAAAGAAUGAUGUGCAUAAGGGAAGAGUUUAUUUGACCUUACAGUGGAAAUCAAUAUCUAUGCAAAUCUUGAAAGAUGAAAGGAAGGCUCAUAGUGAUUCAGAGCCAGUGCUUGGCCUGCUGUAUUCUGGAUGGUGAGCUCCCUGGAGGCAGGCUUUGUGUCUGUCAUGCUCUUUCUAGACCUGGAAGUGUAGUAGGCUUUCAAUAAGUACUUGCUGAAUUAUUCAUGAAUAAAGUAUCUCUUAAGACCAAUUUUUAUCUAAGUGUGUUUCAAUUAUAUUCCCUGUCAUAGGCCCUACUAGGUUCAUUGGGAAAAAAAUGUGUAAGGAGAUGUAACCGGGUCAGCAUCUCAAGGGUGACAUUGGUAGUUAAGUUUAAGAAAUUAACCAGAUGUUGUAUAUUUGACAAGUGAACAAUAAGAUUCUAAAUCGUGAAGGUAGAAAAGUAUGCUUCUAAUAUUUGGGGAAGUUUUUAUUUUUCUAAACAAAACUGAUGCUCAAAGACCCCAGGUUUUUAACGUCAUUAAGCCUCAGUUAAAGAGAAAUUUAUGAAUACCCAUUCUGUGAAUUUUUAAAUUUAGACUUCCUUCAUCCUGUUUCCACAACAAAAUCGUAAGUUAUGGUGUCCUGUGCCAUAAAGUGAUUUGUUUAAUAUUUUUCUUCUUUGGUUUUGAAAGUUUUGUUGUAAUAAAUUAAAAUUUACAUUUAAAUUAAACACAUUUUCCUAAAGAACUGGACAUUUUGUUAUUAAAUAAAUGUGAUCUGUAAGUUAUUUGUGCAGAAUGUUUUGAAGUAAUCAUAUUUUGUUUAAAUACAUUAUUGGUACAUAAUAUCGUAUGAAAAUACACUUGUCAUACUGUAAACUGUAUUGUCUACUCUUAUUUCAUUAUUAAAUCUCUUGAUCAGCAUACCUGUUGAGCUGGUGUAUCACAAAUGUUGCCCAAAAAGGUGGGGGUGGUGCAAAGAUGAUGAAUUGCCAUAGGUCAUAGAAAUGAAUAUAUACUUCCAAAUGCCAGUCCUUCAGGAAUAAAAAAGAGCGAUCAUAGUAAUUGGGUAGGCCAGUAGGUUCCAAACGUAAGUGAUUAUCAGAGCCACUUAGAGAGUUAAAAAUAAGGGUCUCUAGAAACCACCCAUAAAGUUUUGAACCCUUAAAUCUGGUAUGUCACAGAACAAUCUCUGUUUAUAAAAAGCAUUCCUGGUGAUUCCUCUUGUGCAGCUGUGUUUGAAAAUGAUAAGGCCAACCUUUUCACUUUGUAGAUGGACAAAAAUAAGUCCAAGGUGUCAGGUGUCAAAGUGAGUAGGUUAUGUUCUAGAACCUUGGAAGUGUACAUUCCACUUCUUGGUUCUCUAGUAGCUGACUAAGUGCAGAGGUACUAGCUAACAGUCUCUCUCACUGGUAGUAAACCCUCAUUUUAAAGUGUUUCAAGUACAGUCGUUUUCGUGGAUAUUUUAUUUCUUAAAAUUAGUUAUUUGAAAGAAAAGUUAAUGGCAAGAAAAUUCAGUCCCCCUUUAAGGCCCCCUUUCCCCAAAUUAAGAUAUUAAAAAUAUCUACUAUGUCUUUUACCCAAGGCAUUGAAAUAUUUUUGAACCUGGAAGUAUUAAAAUACCUUAAUGGAGCAAUUCUAAAUUGAUUAAGUGUUCCCAAGGCCCUUUACAAAGUGGUAGAUUUUUUACAUAGGUAAAUUGUGUGUGUGUCUGUGUGUGUCUAUAUACAUAUGUAUAUUUACAUACUAUACAGUUUGUGGUUACAUAUGUAUGUACACAUGUAUGUGUUUUACAUAUGUAAUUUAUCCAAAUGUAUUGAACUCAUCUACUAUGUGUCAAAUACUUUGAUAUGCUCCCUCAUUCUUCCCAACAAUUCCAAAUUAUUAACCCCAUUUUACAGAAGAAAGGCUCAAGUAGGUUGAUAUUUGAAUUUGAUCCCUUUUAUGACUUUGGAACUCUUUCCAUCAGACAAGGAGAAUUUUUUUAGUAUUUUUUUUUUCUCCACAGUAUACCAAAUCUAUCUGUACUGAAUUAUAAAUUUAAAAAUAGAAAAUGUCUAGGACUUCCAAUUCUUAUUUCAGAGGACCUAAUAUGUGUGUAAUCAUGAAUGGCAUUACUUUUCAAUACAUGGUAUAAAUUUGAUGUUGUAAAUAUGUUAAAAUUAUAGAACAUUAAGUAAAAGUCAAAGAUAAUUAGGAUUCUGGUGCUACUCUGUAGGUUGGCACAGUAGGAACAGGACUGUGGCGCCAUCAGCUCCAUCAGACAAUAUAUGUUCCUAUAAUUUUAUGUAUCAUGCAGAGGCAGCUACAAGAUUGGUAACCUGCUCUUCCAACAAGAUUGUUGCCCAUAAGCUCCCCCAAUACAGAAGUUCUGUAACUACACUCUAACAAUACUAGAGAUAGAUAAAUCAUUAUUUUAUUCAGGCUAUAUAAUUAAACCAUCAUUGGAAAUAAACAUUCUCAAAAGGUUUAGCCUAACUAAUGUAUUAGCUACAGCCUCCAAAUUGCCUACACCAGGUAUUUGGAACUCAUUAGAAUUUUUUCCUUUCUUUUGCCCUAGCAAACCCAUCACAAGGUUUUAUUGAUUCCAUUUGCAAAAUCUAUCUCAAGAUUACUGUAGUUAAAGCUCUCAUCCUCUCCUAAAUGCUAUUAGAAAAGCUUCUAAUCGCUCUGUUCCCUCUUUCACACUUGCUGUAAUGCGGGUUUUGACAUGGAAAUAUGAUCAUGUAGUUCCACUAGUCCAAAUCCUACUGAAUAAAAAUCUCUAUGUGACGUGUGAGACCCUGCAUGGACUGCUCUAUGUUCAGAGUCCUCUGUUACCAUGACUGAUUUGCAUUGCAGCUACACUGAACUACAAAUAUUUAGUAUCUCCAGUGUACUGUGGUCUCACACCUCCAUGCUUCUUUUCUCCAGAGGUCUUCCUGAAAAACCUAGGACUGAUUUUUCAAGAUUAAAAGGCAUGGAGCCUUUCCUCACUCCUCCCAAGCAGAACUAGGUGUUUAACUUUCCAAGCAACCAUUGCAUUUUGGACGUUCCCCCAUUGUAGCAAUUGUUAAAUAUAGAGUUACCAAAUUUGUCUCUGAUUUAAAGUAUAAAUUUUAUAAAAGCAUAAGAUUGUGACUGAAACAGGAUCUCCAGAUUACCUUCCCUGUAAUAGAUAAUAAGUACUUUAUGAUCAAAAGACUACAUAAAAGAAUAAAAACUUUGAAAAUUGUAACAAUUUGUGACUCAUGCCUAAUAACUUAUUUUGCUAAAAUAUUUGGUUAAUGAAUAUAUUCCUCACCAUUUCUUUAGCAGAGAAUUUACUCUUGACUCAGAAAUGAAUUAAUACCUCUUUUAAAAGUGAAAAGCAUUCUCCCAUUUUUAACAAAUAUAUAUUAAUUAUUAACUGUAUCAUGGGAAUUGGUAAAUGCUGGAGAUGAAAUAUAAUCAAGACUUCCUUGUCUUUGGUUUCCAAACAUUUUAGAAGCAGCAAAAUCUACUAAAGAUAUAAUUGUGUGGAAUUGAAGAUGUUUAUCAAGCCCUUUUUUAAUGUGCUGGGCACAGUGCUAGGCAUUUCACUAGCAUGAUCUUAUCUAAUCCUUAAUCUCUGUACCAAAUACUGGUGUUAUUCUUUUUUUCUUUACUGUUAAGAAAGCCAAGAUUUAUGCUAUUGUGUCCAAAGUUAGAAUGAAAUUGGCUCCUAGGGUUGCAUGGUUAUAGACUACCCUGCAAAUUAUUACAUGUUUGCUAUCAUUUUCCUAGAAUUAUAUUGGAAUAUUUUUUCCAAAAUGAAAAAGGAUACUUCAUAGGUUGCUUUUGGACAUUUCUGUGAUCUCACUUGGCUUGAAAAAUUUAGCAUUCAAUAAUCUGUAUAGACACACUUGGACUAUUUUUCAGUGUAUAUGUAUAUAUGUAUAUAUGUAUAAAUAGAUACACACACACAACAAAGAAUUUUGAAGAUUCGAGAAGUAGGUUUAUGGCUCUGUAAUCGGCUUUGCUAUACAGAGGGUGUUGUGGUAAUUUUGUCUUUGGAUGCAGAACAGCGGCCAAGGUUGGCAGACAAAUUCAGAGAGCCAGUUUUUGGCAUAAAUCUCUGGUUUUCUGGCAAAACUCGUUAGCAAUGUAAAAACUGUUAUUGAGAGCAUAUUGUGAUGAUACAUCAUGUCAAUAUUUGUUUGGCUGUGUAACACUGUGGAUUUAAUAAAUUAAUUCUUAAAUGUACAAUUUACAAAUGAUGAGCUGUUUUAGAAAUAAACUGUAUGUGGUAUGUGUUGUCAGUGCCACAAACAUU